AUGACAAACAACACUACUCUGGGCAUCACCGAAGGAUCUUCCACAAAUCUAAUUGCUUUAAUUGUGAAAUUAGGUUCUUUUCUUGUCUUAAUAUCCUGUUUUCUCAUCUUCCUACAUGCUAUUACAAUUAUAUUAAGAGUCUACUUCACCACAGCGCACGUACGUGAGGAUUCUCGUUACGUCCUUUUUAUUCACAUGAUAAUCAAUGACACUUUGUAUCUUUCUCUUGGGAUGUGGCUCUAUAUAGCCGCAAUGUACAUUGUAUUAACACCUGUACCAAUUUGUUACAUAAUAUUCACCUUAUCUACCUCUACAUUUCGUAUCACUCCCUACAACCUGGCUGCCAUGUCUCUGGAACGAUACGUUGCUAUUUGCUUUCCAUUAAGGCACCCACAAAUUUGUACUACAAGAAAAACUAGUCUUGUCAUUGCAAUAAUUUGGUUGGUGGCAUUAAUUCCAAAUGUUGCUGACUUUAUAGCUCUGAAUUUGUUUGUCGAAAAAAAUUAUUACUCAUUUAAUAUAGUAUGCACUCGCGUGGUUAUAACAAAAACAGAAGUUCAAAAUUCCAUACGACUUUUUAGUCUCAUUAUCAGUUUCACCAUUGUGGGUCUGAUAAUCAUAUUCACUUACGUAAAAGUUAUAUUAGUUGCUCGGAAGAUUGGUUCUGAUAAAUCUUCAGCUAUGAAGGCCAGCAAGACUAUUGUACUUCACGCGUUUCAGCUCCUUUUGUGCAUGUUCUCUUUUAGUUCCUCUCUUACAGAAACGUACCUUGCAAAAUACUUGAUAUACAUCAACCUGUUCAAUUUCCUUCUAUUCAUGUGUCUCCCAAGAUUUCUUAGUCCACUGAUUUAUGGGUUUAAGGACGCAGUUUUUAAGAAACAUUUGAGAACAUUUUGUUCUGCAAAGCAUUAUGGAUGUUAAAAGUAAUACGAAUAAAAAAAAUAAAGAAUUGUGUAAAAUAUAACAUCUUAGCACAAAUAAAACUUAUAUGAACAAAA